AUGACAGUGCAUAAUAGAAAGAUAGAGAUGAGACCAGAAUCAGUAGAUACCAUUGAUCAACAUCGGAAUAUUAUUUUGAGGUCAGAGCCUAGUUGCAAUGAGCUGAAACUUCAUGAUGCAUUGGAAACAUCAUCAAAUAUAGUAGAAGAACACAUUGUAGGGAGGACAGAAGAAAAAGAGAAAGUUAUGGCCUCUUUGCUUGAGGCCAUUUCAGAAAAGAUCGUCAUCCUUCCUAUACAUGGUAUUGGAGGCAUUGGCAAGACAACUUUUGCAAGAAUGAUUUAUAAUGAUCCAAAGUUCAAUUGUUAUUCUCAUGUAUGGAUCCAUGUGUCCAAGAGAUUUGACAUCAAUAAGAUUUGUGAGUCUAUAAUUUUACAGUUAUCUGGAAAAGAGAGCUUGGUUAAUGAAAGAAAGAUGAUACAUAGUUGUCUCAAGAAACUACUUCAUGGUAAGAAGAUUCUGAUUGUUUUAGAUGACCUAUGGGAGGAUAAUCAGUUCUUGUUGCAUGAGUUGAAGGAUACGUUAUAUCAUGAUGAUAGCAACAUAACUAUUUUAGUAACAACACGUAGUGAACGUGUUGCGGAGAGAAUCUGUACUAACAUUCAACCACACAAGAUAUUACCCUUGACAAAUGAUAUGUGCUGGGAUAUAAUUAAACAAAGAAGUAAUUUCAAAGAGAGGAAUGACAAAGAACAGCUCAUGGCUAUCGGACUAGAGAUUGCUCAGAAGUGCGGUGGUGUGGCUUUAGCAGCUCUAUCUAUUGGGUUCACUUUACGGUCCAUGAAUUUUGAUGAAUGGAUGAAAGUGAAAGACAGUGAUAUCUGGAAUGAACCUUCUUCAAAGGAUUUCUUUUUGCCAAAUCAUGUUCUUGCAUCUUUGAAGUUAAGUUAUAGUUAUAUGUCUCCAUGCUUGAAGCCAUGUUUUACCUACUGUGCAACCUUUCCAAAAGGACACAAUAUAGUUAAAGAUGAUCUUAUUUACCAAUGGAUUGCUUUGGACUUCAUCAAGCCAACAAGACUACUGUCCAUUAUGGAGCUUUGUGAAAGAUAUAUUGUGCAGCUACUGGAAAUGUCUUUUUUUAACAACCAGUGUCACCUAAGAAUUCAAAACCUUUUGCACCAAAGAAAUGUUGCAAUAAUCCUAGAUCAGAAGAUUCUGAGCUAUCCCGAGUUCGCAAAAUUCAUCGACGGAAUUGUAAACAAGGGACAAAUUGAUAUAGAUGAUUCUGAACAAGAUGGUGUAUGGAUCAGCAGGUUCAAGCAGGAGGGGCAGCUGACUUUAGACAUUGUAGAGUUCUAG